AUGAUGCCGACUGGGGGAAAACCCAGAGAGCUGGUCGAACAGAGCUUGCAGCUGCUGUUCCACUGUGAAUAUUUGGCCCUGGUCGAAUAUGUUGAGUGCGUUAUCCCACUAGUGUUUGCAACAAACAAGAUGGUGCUGACGCAUCUCCCGAAUGUGGUCUACUACCCUGGAAAUACGAAUUGGGUCCCUGAGACCGUCAACUAG